AUGAAGGUUGCCUUAACCCAAACCCAAACCCAAACCCAAACCCAAACCCAAUCAUCCAAACCAUUGAAUGUGACAAAUAAUUGGGUAACAAAUGUAUUGACUGAAAGCACGUCGAGGAGUCCGAGAGUUGACCCGACGGUUGGGCUGGUGUUGACUGCGGCCAGUAUUGCCACUCCGAGAACAGUAUUGUUAACUUCUUUGCCAUCAUUUGUCACAAUAAGUCCAUCACAUGAGAGACCGACUGUCUGUCACAAAGAUAAGGACUGUCCCAUACAUUCCCACUGCAAUUCACUGCUCACAUGUGUUUGCGAUCAUCUAUUUUCUGGAGUUCCACCCCAUUGUCAGCCAUUGAGUGGUUGUGAUUCGAGUCCGUGUCUUAAUAAUGGAUUGUGUCAUCCAUUGCCAUCUGGAAGUACCGGUAACGACAGUAUUGGCUUCUUCUGCGAAUGUGUUGAAGGCUUUCAUGGAAUCAAUUGUCAACUCUUUGACAACAAUUGCAAACAUAAUAACGAUUGUCUGAAUGGAGGCCAGUGUUUGAACGGAGUGUGCAUUUGUGUUAACGGAUUUUCUGGCAAUUAUUGCCAAUUUGAAGAAUCUCUUUGCGAUUCCCAGCCGUGUCUUAAUGGCGGGACAUGUCUUAUGAACGACACGUCAACCAACUAUACUUGUAUUUGUUCCGAAGGUUUUGAAGGCGCUAACUGUGAAGUGGAUGUCAACGACUGUAUGCCAACUAAUCCAUGCGCUAAUGGAGGCACAUGUCAUGACCUGCCCAACAACUUCACGUGCAUCUGUCCCUCACAAUACGCGGGUCUCACGUGUGAGCUAUUGUAUGACGCGUGCGAAAGCAGUCCGUGCGCUAAUAACGGCACGUGUACUACACAGAGACCAUCGCCACUCUAUGCGUGCACUUGUCCGCCAGGUUUCACAGGUCUCAAUUGUGAGGUAAACAUCGAUGAAUGCGCUCAAGUU